CCCCCUUUUGUGGGAAAAAUUUCGGUUGAUUAUAUAGGGAAUCACUGAAGCGUGACUGGAGCGGGCCACCCUCUUAGGUCAGUCAGCGGGCCCCCCUUACAAAAAGUUCUGGAUCCGCCACAGACUGGGAAUGAACACUUACAACGUACUAAAUUAAAGAUGUUUAUUGUGGUUUCAACAGGAUAUAACAGAUGUCAAGUAAUAGGAGAAACUGUUGCGGAAAGUGCUUUGAUUUUUUUGGAUCAAUUAUCUGCCCAAGUCAAAUACUAGAAGAACGGAAAACUAAUAUUACUAAUACAAACAGAGUCUAUAUUCUUUGGAUUGUACUGAUAGCUAUAUUUUUGACCGCUGGUUUAGUACAGCUCCUUCAUAAAAACAAACCAUUUAACACUAUACCAGCCCAGGAUCAAAUGUACUAUGUUGACUGGUUUUCUAAUAAGUUCUGCAGUGGUGUUAAUAUAACCAGUGAAUAUCCAGUCAGAGUGAAUGCCUAUCUUUUACCUAAACAAGCAUCUAGUAAGGCAGUAUGUCAACAGUCUACAGUUACAAUUACUCGAAUUAACAAAACACCUGUUCCGGGAUAUGGUAUUUUCUACCUAAAAGUGUCCUUAAAGCAAGGAGACAGGAUUUCUGGAAAAAUUUGUGCACCUGCAAUUGAAAAGAUAUAUAUAUUUACAAGGUUAAUGGACUUUAAGUCGUGUAUUCUGACGGAUUCCUGGACUAGAUGUGGGAUAAAUGGGCCAACUCGUUACGUCAUAGAUUCGUCAUGUACAAAUUACAAUACUUUUGACAAAGCUUUUAAAUUACCACCUAAAACAAUGAAACAAUCUGGAGAUUUGUAUUUCGUUUUCUACAAUAAGCUUGCAACCAUAUCUUUUGUGUCUGCCAUUUUUACAAAACCAUUACCAAACUUAAAACUACUUAAUAGAGCCCAGAGAACUUGUCUGGACAAGACACUUUGCCAGAUUGACUACGGUUCCACUUAUGAUUCGUAUGCAGUAUGCUUUGAGGCCGUUCGCAAAAGUCCGUUAUCAUGGCACCCAGAUGUUGAUAACAAUGUGAGAGUAGCCUGCAGACGUCGUCAAUGGUUGUAUGUUGUACUAUUUUUUGUCGUUCCUUUCAUUAUAGGAAUAUUAGGUAGUGUGCUAAUCUGUAUAUGUUGCAAAAAGGAUUCAUCAGUUGUUGAUCAUCAUCAAAGGGAUUCUGCAGAUAUACGCCUUUCAGAUAGACAUAUUGAACGUUAUGCGGUAACGAACAAUAACAACCGAUUCUCAAAUACACAUGAUAAUUAUAGAAAUACAUUUAACAGACAGGAAGUAACAAAUGAUACCAAUCUAGGUAUUACAGAUCAUGAAACUAUAGAUCUGGACAGGGAAUCAGUUGAUCUACACGUAAAUCAUUUACCAUGUUUACAUGACCCACCCCCAUCUUACGAUGAUGCAAUGAAAGGUCAACCUGUGUAGCAAUUUACCCAUUUACCGCAGGAAAUAAAAUAAGCAUGUGUAACAGAUGGGAAUAAAUGAUCAGUCCGGGAAAAUUUUCUACUGCCCCCUCCUCCAGAAUAUCAAAUGGUUGUCCCCUAUGCCGCGUGACCGUUAUAUUUCUGAAAUGAUGAAUUUUAUACUGUAAAACAUUAAUAGGUAGGGCAGAAAGCUAAUGCAGAGACAUAUAUACGUGUAUAUAUGUCUCUGGCUAAUGAUAACAACUGUUGAGUAUUUUCCUUCCAUACUUGUAAAAUUAAACCUGUCGUUUCAUGUCAGAAGUUACAGUAUUUAAUAAUCUACUUACAUUGUAAAUGUUCUAUAAUAACAAAUUUGUUUACAAACGAAUUAUUAAAGGAGAUUAUAAAAGGGGUAGGAGGAUUUUGAAAAAGAAUAACUUGGCCAGUUACGAACUAAAAUUAAUGCAAAAUACAGGAUAAAAAUGAAUAUUCUGCAAUACAAAAUCGGGAAACAAAUGUGUACAAAAGUGAAAAUAGAUUUUCAAGCAUUGAAUUUGUAGAUGCGUGGUUCGGUUUUUAAUGUGUAAUACGUUCAAGAUUGUUUUAGUAAAAUAAGAAUAUAUUGAUAAGAUCAUUUCACAACAUGAUAUUGAUGACAGAUAUCUGUUAUCGGAAGUAUUUACUGUUUCCGUUUUUGAUAUUGGUGUUGUUUUGUACACUUAGUAGGCGUAUAUAUAUAUACAAUUACACCUUUCUUAAUUUCUUCGUUGAUAAAUUUUGAAAUUAUAAAGAAACUCCCUCCUAGUUUCACUUCCCUCUUUAACAUUUUGCAGACAUUUUGUUUUGGGCGGGGUUGAGUGUUCCUGGUGAAGAUAAACCUGGGAACAGUAUAUCUAACGGGAAAUGAAUCUGAUAGGCUUUUCGGUAUAAAAUUGAUACAAUCUCGGACUCCACGAGACUUCGCAAGAUUUAUGGAU